AUGUCAGCAACAAAAGUUUCCCGUGGUAUCUUCGGUUGGGCUCUGGACCGUCUAGCAGGCUGGUCACUGAGCCUGCCGCCGGAAACUAACAGCUACACCAUUGAAGCCGUUCGAAUCCCACUCGGCAAUGGACUUCAUCUCCUUGCUGACCUUUACUGCCCUGCUGAUGUCGAACCGUCUGGCACCGUCCUCUCAAUCGGACCAUAUGGGCGCAGCGGUCUGAUGGCGCUGGGCACCGUUCGCUUGUUUGCAUGUCGUGGUUACUGUGGCCUUCUCGUCAGCGUCCGAGGCACCUUCGGGUCUGAAGGUGUAUUUGACGCCGGCGAAACCAAUGCAGUGGAUAACCAGGCCAUAGUUGCUUGGAUGCGACAACAGUCAUGGUACACAGGCUCCUUUGCUAUGGUGGGCGGCUCGUAUCUGGGGUUGACGCAAUGGGCCAUGCUAGAAGACCAACCUGACGAUAUGGCCGCAGCAAUUAUUAGUGUUGGCCCUCAUGAUUUGAGCCAAUAUGUCUGGGGAAGAGGCUCCCUCAAUCUGGACCUCCUGGUGUGGGCAGAGCUCAUUGCCAACCAGGAAGACAGUAGUAUGCUGUACGCACAAUGGAGAUUAAAGUCUGCUCGCGAGCGCUUGAAAAAGCUCUCCAUGACUAUCCCUCUCGCCGACGCGGCUGAUAGGCAUUUUGCAGGGAAGACUCCUUGGCUGCGGAAUAGAAUCACACGCUCCGAUGUCCAUGAUAUAUUUUGGGCUACAAUGCAGCAUGGCCGGGCCGUUAAACGGGCAAACCUACCAAUCCUCCUGAUUACAGGCUGGCAGGACGUUUUCCUUGAGCAGACACUGGAACAAUACCACGAACUUCGGUCACGAAACGUCGACGUGUCCAUGACAAUCGGCCCCUGGAAUCAUGGGACUGUGAACAACGGCUCGUUGAUGGCUGAGAGUUUCCAAUAUCUCGAACAGCAUCUCGCCAAGCGGUCCAAUGUUUUGCGCCAAUCGCCAGUGCGCUUCUACGUGAAUGGUGUAGAAGAAUGGCGAGAGCUCUCUAGUUGGCCCCCGGAAACACAUGCAAAGGAAGUAUACCUUCAUCCGCAUAAUAGACUCGCCUUCGGUGAGAAACCUAACGCUCUUGGUGGCGAGUCUACCUUCACAUUCAACCCCGAUGAGCCAACUCCCGCAAUCGGCGGGCCACGCCUGGCCGAUACUGGAGUGUAUAUUGACACUGUGUUUGAAGAACGGCCAGAUGCACUUAUAUUCACAACAGAUGCUCUAAAAGAAAGUGUGGAAGUUAUUGGCUCAUGUUCUGUUGAGCUCAGUCACACAAGUGACAAUCCAAAUGCUGACCUCUUCAUACGCCUAAGCGACGUCGACGAGAGAGGAGUGUCUCGAUACAUUACAGAAACCUAUCAGAGAUUAAAUCCUCAACGUGGAAGCGACAUGGGGCAGGUACAACUGUUCUUGCCCGACUGCGCCCACCGUUUCAAGGAGGGUCAUGCGAUUCGACUCAUUAUUGCAGGCGGCAAUUUUCCUCAUUACGCCGUCAACUUGGGCACUGGGGCUACAGAUCCUGCUGAUUCGACGACUCGGCCGGCGACUCAUACCAUUCGUCAUGCGGAGGGACAAAGCUCCAGAUUAACAUUACUCGUUGCGCAGCGUAGACAGGUAUAG